UAGAAGUAAAACUAAAGGAUCAAACAAUCCAUCAAUCAAGUUAGUGGUAAUCUCUGAUUGUCAUAUUUCUGAUACAGUUGAUAGUGUCCGAAGUAAGAACUGAGAUUAGAUUAGCCUGAUUGUUGUACUGUAUUACCUAUUCUAUAAUCAUAUAAACCUUUACCAACUAAUUUGUUGUAUUUCUUUUAGAUUGCUUGAAUUGAGAUAUAAAUUAUCAAAAAAUGUCUGAUAAAGAGUUAAUCACUUGGCUUGAGGACAUGAACCUGGUCAAGGGGUUUAUAUCUCAAUUACAAGCAACAUUUAAUCAGAUUUUAGCCAAAACUCCUAGUAUUGAAGAAUUUAGAGAAUUAGCUAAUAAACUUCGUAAUGACGACCCAGAAUUUAGGAGGUUCUCCGAAAAAUUGAAAACUUUAAUGGUUUCACCUCAUAUUAAAGUGGCAGUUCGUUUAAAGCAAUUGUAUGAUUUUAAUCAAUUAGUAUUAUUACAACUUUUAUUAAAGAUAAAUUUUAAACAAAAUACUGGACCAACUGAUAGAUAUGUGAAUUUCUUUAUUGAUUAUGUUCCUGCAAAAGAUGACGAUGAUGAAAUAGCAGAAAUUUUAAAAAAGGAUACGGAAGAAGGUAAUAAAUCAUUUUUGGAAGAUGAAAGACAAAUUGGUUUAUUACCUUAUCCUCCAACUUUACCAGUAAUAUCAAGUGAUGUUUUAUUAAUUCGAAUUCAUACUGAUAAAUCUUAUAGACAACCUUCAGAUUUUCUUGAACUGGAUUCAAAUGCGAAGGAUUAUAAUCAAUCUCAUAAUGGUAAAUUAGCCAUUAGAGGUAGAUCAGUAUUAGAAUUAGCAUUACUAGAUUUAUUGGAAGAAUCAUGUCCAAAAUUAGGCGAAGAAGAAUUAUUACUCUUUAGAUAUGAACUAUUAAGUCCUCAAGUCUUAACAAAAUUUGCAUUUGGUUAUCAUUUAGCUGACCAUUUAAAAUAUAACUUAUCAAAAGAAAUUGAUAUGGAUUCAAAAUUAGAAAUGUUUAGUCGUUUAUUCUUAGCAUAUGUUGGAGCAGUAUCAAUUGAUAAUUAUAGUCCAUUUUAUGUAAGAUUAUGGAUAAAGAAAUUGUAUGCACCCAUUAUGCAAGAAAUGAAUUCAAAUUUAGCUACUAAAGCUAGAACUGAUAUUGCAUUAGGUAAAUUACAAUUAUUAUUUACAGAAAUUACUAAUUUCACUGAAUUUCCUAGUCAGUAUGCUAAUUUAAAAUUUGUUCAAGUUCAAUCAAAUCCAUAUGUUGCACAAGUAUUGGUUAAUAAUGUUUCAAUUACUACUGGUACAUCGAAUGAAAGUUUUGAAGAAGCAAAAUUAAAUGCAGCCAAUGAAAUUUUCAGUAGUGAACAACAUAGAGCUACAAUAACAAGAAUUUUACUUUCAACUAAUUUAUCUGAUCCUGAUAACAUUGUUAAUAAUGAUGAUAAAAAGGAAGAAAAUACUGAUCCAUAUGAUCCAUAUGAUAAUAUUGAAAUAAUAAAACCAUUCACACAAGAACAACAGGAUGAAUAUUAUAGAACUAAUAGUAAAUCACCUCAUUUAGCCCAUGAAUUGCCAGUUUUUAAACCUGUUUCAUUAUCAACUCACUCACCACCCUUAUCUACUGCCCUGAUUUCAUCAUCUUCAAUAGUACCACAUGCUCAACUAUAUGGUAGGGGAUCAUCACCAGGGUUAUCACCAACAUUUGGUACACCUCAACCAUAUGUUGCUCCAAUUGCAUAUAGUCCUCCAUAUACAACCUUAGAUGGUAAAGUUGAUAAAGAUGCGAAAAAUACUCUAUAUGCCUUAUUGGGAAGAAUUAAAUUGCAACCAGAAUAUCAAUAUGAUGUUAUCCCCAAUGGGUGUAAAGCUACAGUGUGGACUAAUGCUACAUCAAGAGGCUUACAAAACCUUAAAUUGGGGGUAGGAUUUGAGAGUAAUAAGAAAUUAGCAAGUCAAAAGGCUGCAAUGGAUGCAUUAAAUAAUAGAUCUGCACUAGAGGCUUUGGGAUUAGGUCAAUCAUUCUAAGAAUACGAAAGAGUUGAGCAAAUUGUAAUUUCUCUAACCUCUAGCUUAUAUUAUUCUUAUUCUUACUGUAAAUUUAGCUUUAAUUUUGCUUCUAACUUUAAUUAGUCUAGUAAUACUACAGUUGCC